AUGGACGAGGCUGCCUUGUACCUUGGGCUUGGUCGGUUGCCCAGUGCUGAUCCGCCAGAGGAUGGCGAUGCGCAGGGAUCUCCACGUCAGGGCGACGGAGGCCCAGGUGCAUUUUGCAUCGGCGCGUUGCUCGAUGCCGCGAACGUCGCAGGUCAGUCUGCGAGGCGGCGGCUCGAUGCAUUCACUGGCGAGAGUUUCCGCGGGGCUGGUCACGUGCGGUAUUUGACGAAGUGCAGGGAGGCCAGCAGGGCGCAGAGGAGGGAGCAGGAGAUCGCGCAGGACUCAGAGGCCUUGAACAGCGCGUGGAACCACGAACGAUUGCACAUCGGUGACAAAGUUGGUGAAGCAUCGGGUGUAGAAGAUGGCGCGCAUCCGAACACGUGGAGUUUACCAGCGGUUCUUAGUGCAGCGUGGAAGCAGCUGGGCAGCAACAAGGUCGUGCGUUUCGGCGUGGACGGCAUGUCGCGGUCGCUGGGCGUCCUCACAUGCGUGGCCGCGGCGAUCUACGAGGAGCAGGUUGACUUCGUAUCCGAGCGGGUGGAGGAGAUGAAGGCCCAGAAGGUGUGUCCUGUCAUUUUCAAGUUCUACGACUGCACGCCAUUGCGGCUCGCGUUCGGACAGCUACAAUCUCAGUUGUACCCGUGCGCCAGGUACUUGAUUUGCAAAGAUGGCGAAUGGAAGAGCUUGAAGCUGGAAGAUUAUUUGAAGGAGCGGCCCCGCCACGCAGGUGCGUUACGUUCUGGCGUGGUUGAGAUGCUUGCGCAGGGCGCGAUGUGCUGCCACGUCGACCCAGGCUCACACGAGCUGUCUGGCUUUCGCGUGUUCUGCCGGCCCAAGAUUCUCCAAGCGGGCAAUGCAGAUUGCAUAUACCGUGCCACGGAAGAUGAGAUUCCAUCAUUCUCGGCGGAGGGUCUGCAGCACUUGUGCCAGGCAUGCCCGUACGUCAUCUUGCACGAGGCCCCCGACGCUCACAGCGCGAACAUCCGCAAGAAGGCGAAGACUAGCGAGGUGAUCCCAAAGAACUGUUUGCACGUCGGUGCCAGUUGCGACGUGCAUCAAGCCCAUCGGAUGAUCGAGAUGAAGGAGAAAAAAGUCAUCGGAAGCCUUCAUGCGAUCGCUGUGUCGUGCAGCCAUCCAGCUUUCCAAAACAGACUUCAAGAUGCUCUCCGCAAGGUCAUCGACAGACUGGAGUACACGCGCGGGGAGCCAGAUGAAGCAGUCCUUCGGCGUAACCGCAAGUUGGCGAAUCACACCUUGUUGCGCCGCAAGACCGCGAUCCUCGAUGAUGCCAUGGAUGACGAGCGGGACUACGACAUGGCCGUCGACACGUUUCUUUCGUUCUGGAAUUCGGAUUGGCGUUUGUGCCGAGUUGGUCACGUGUGCCGCGGGUGUUGCGCAGGUCCUGAGGAUGCGAAGCAUCGCAUGUUCUCCGCAGCGAUGUCUGUGGAUUUGCUCCAGAGUAGGGAUUGCGACUUGCCGAGCCUGGACGACUGGGGGUCUUGCGGUCGUGCUUGCGGUCUUACCAGCAUUGGACUCUUGUGCCACAAUAUCCUUUCUGAAUGCUUUGGCGUUGCAAUGCCCGACUGGCAGUCCAUGUUGCCGCCGCGGGAGGACGCCGAUAACGAUCAGGACGACAACAAAGUGAUGGCCAGGCUCAAGGUUCGAAAGAAGGCGUGGAGAUCGAAGUGCACUUUCGAGGACCCAGAGGCGAGGAGGAAGAUCUUGCUUAUGAAUUGGAUGGCAGCCCCAGUGGAGAAGCUGAUGGCCAACUUGCAGUACCUCGACAGGGCGGGCAAGGGGCUCUACGACGUGUGCGUGAACAACGAGUGGAACCCUAUACUGGUUUGCAAGCAGCGGUUGACCCAGCUUGUCCGGGAGGGCGCCGACGGCGACUUGGGCCCUCUCUUCGAGUCCACGCCGUUCGUAGACCACAGCGCGUUGCUGGAGCAGGCCACUUGGCGCUUCCUGAAGUACGACACCGACCCCUACCUCUUCGCGCGGUGGGUCCACCCAGCCGCGGACCCUGCGUGCCGAGACCAGAUCCCCCAGCAUUUCUUCGGCCUCAAGCCUUGCUGUCGCGACCAAGGAUUUUCGGAGAAAGUCUACGAGCUGCUCGGCACUCCCGACGCCAUGGUGGCCUCGGAGGACUUCAAGCUCGCGCUGCGCGCGUGGGCCAUCAAUUAUAAGUUCACGGACAUGUUCAGCGAGCGUCUGUUGGCGAAGGUGAUGACGGAGCAUUCCCAGCGCGGCGGGGCCGACCCCCGCGCCCCUACCAGGACUCAGCUCCUGGAGGAUGGAGUUCACCUCAGACGCAGGCGGGAUCUGAAGAGUUCGAAGCCCAGAAGUGCCUUCGUGAACUGGAUGUGCAAGCAGGAGGCGGAUCGCAAGAGCAAGAAGAUCAAGCUCGACAAGGAGCAAUAUCACACGUGGCAGUUGGAGAAGAGAAACGAAUUUUUCGAGUUGUCCAGGGACAGGUUGUUGAUCGAGGAAGGGGAGGCCAAGGAGGCUCACGAUGCGAAGAUGUCAGCAGUGGAGGAGGCCUCGGAGAGCUUCCGGGCGCUGAAACCAGCGAGUGCGAUUGAGUCCAUCAUCGGAUUGAUCGGGGACGUGCGCACCCCCUACAGGGCCGCCGCGUUCGACGCCCGCAUCCGUCGGAAGCUCGGCAUGGCCACUGAUGCCAAGGCCCCAGGCUUCACGAAGUACGUCGAGGAGUUCCGCGCCCCCCAGCGCUCGCAGAUGUUUGUCGAGGGGCGCAACGCCACUGGCGACCAGGUCUUCAAGGUCAAGAUGCCAUGCCCACUGGUGCAUCCUGGCUUUUGCGUGACCGACGACGCCGCGGUCGCCGUCGGCGCGAGGUCUUGCGCCGACCAGCUCUGCAAGAUAGCUGGGGAUAUCGGAGGGCAGUUCAUGCACUUGCGUUUCCGUGCUGGUCCUGACUGGCUGUUGAGCUCUUGGGCGGCUGUUGCACAUAAGCGAGGGGCUUCGCCGAGGAUCGUGAUGUUGGCGGCGUGCGCCCUCAACGAGGACACCUCCACGCUGGCCAUCGAGCAGAACCAGGACUUGUGCUUCGAGUACGUCCCGGGCGUCACCUUCAUGGGGUGCUUCUUUAGGCAGGCCCCGCGAGACAGCGACAUCGAGGUCUACUGGAGCCUCGCGCCCAUUGACUUGGCGGCGCCGCUGCAGCGGUCUGCGUCUCAGGUCACGCUCCGACCUGACUGGAGAGCAUUCGUCCAGGUCGGGGAGAACAAACUAUAUCCGCCUGAACGAGUUUUUCGGGACCCCGUUGCCGAUGGCAAGAAAAAGGACAUGAUGUCAGGCCUGAGGUCAGCGCUCGAUUUGCCGAAGCGCUGGCGAGCUGAUGCUGCAGGAGUUCGGCUUCUGAAACCAGCGGGGCUUGCCGAGGGCGAGAGCUACCUGCACCUCCGCCGCCUCCUCCAGUUGGCGGACCUGGCGGCGGGCUGCCUUGGACCCGCUGGCAGAUCGCGGGCUACGGACACAUCGUCUUUGAUGCGGCUGGCGGGUCGCUAG